GCUUCAGUGCCAGUGGGUUGUAGCAAUGCCAAUGCUGGUAGAUUAGUUACUUUUUCCAUUGUCAAUAUAUCUUUCCAGCUAAAACAUGAAACAUAACUGUUUACAGAUGCCUAUCCAUCUCUAAAAAUAUCAUUUUUGCUUUGGAAAAUUGUAACAAAACCAACAUUUUUGCACAAAAAUGGAAAAUUCAAACCCUGACAUCAUGACAAAUCCCCUAAAAUCAAGCUAAUAUCAGGAAUUUGAAAUACACUGAUUUUUGCACCGCCGUGAGUCACAAAUGCAUGUCCUUUCUCACCUAAUGGCCUGUCUAACGUGACCGUGCAUGCAUGUGUGUUUGCUCCAAUCACCGCAUGUGCUUGUGUGUGGGAUUUUUUUCUUUUUUUUAGGUGAAGAAACAAAAAGAGCUGCACAAUGUCUUGGGCAGGGUGUCUCACUAAUGAGGCUUUAUAGCUGUGGGAUGCGAGUCACACACAGAAAAUGGUCUGGGGAACAUUUAGCAUCUCCUCUCCAUUCCUCACACAUCAUGCCAAGGAAGCUUUUACUUAGAAACCCUCCUAUGUCCUCCCCAGCCCGGCAUACAGAAGAUGAAAACAAAAAAAAUUCUGUCUCCGUCUCACAAUACGGAAUCAAACAUUCGGCUCGCUGGGAGUUUGUCUCUAACAACAGGUUGAAUGUCAGGCUAACGAGACCCAGAUAGGAGACAUCUGUGAAUUCCAGCCAUUAGUUUACUCUGAAAUAAAUGGGAAGAUUGCAAAAAGAAAAACUUAUUAAGUCAAAAACUAAUGAAGUGAUUACAACAACCAAAAUAGACAAACUAAAUAGUGGGUUAAAGAUUGUAGGAGGAAAUAUAUCUACUGAUCUGACAUAGAGAAGGAGAGACAGGGGAGGGAGGGAGGGAGGGUGGCGGUGGGGGUGGAGAGAUCUAACAGGUGUAGACUGGGAGCGCGCGCGCGGACCAAACGCUCGGAAAAGCGGAAGAGCGGACAGACGCGUCCUGGACUGCCGCGCUUUUCUCUCUGGAAUAGAAUCCAAAAGUGCUUCCUCUCGUUUACGCUUCAUUCCUGGGAAGUUCAAGACUUUAUUGUUCCUUGCAUUAAAAAAAACAUAAAUUAGGCUGGAAAAAUGAAGCGCAUUGCGCUCUGAUUAGGGAAAACUCGCAUCACUUUUUUUGACAACUCUUGCGCGUCCUGUUGGGUCUCCUCUGUCGUUUUAGUGGAACAGAUUCAUCCCUGUUUGGAUUCAGAUUUCAGACGAUUCACUGGCCUGGGAGGAAUUUUUCUGAAUCACAAUCAAAACCUUAUGAAAGAAAAAAACAGGACGACCGCCCAUGAUUCUGUCAGGAAAGAUUUCUGAUGGUUCUUUUUUAUUUUUAUUUUUUUCACUGUUGAGACAUUUUUAUUAAAUUAAGUGGGGAGCUUUGUAGUGGGGCCUAAAUGAAAUUUUAAUUUUGAAAAAAAGCAGUAAGUUGCUUGCAGUUCUGAGCUGAAACUGACUUCAGGUCAAUAUAUAUAUAUAUUAAAAAAAAAUACUUUUAUUUUGAAACUUUGAAAAUACAGUUUUUGCCUAGCUUCUUUUCUGAUUACAUUGACUCAGAUUAUUUGAAACUAUUUUUCAAUUAUUUUGGACCUAUUGGACUUUUUUCUUUUUUUUAAAUUGACCCUUGGAUUUUCCGUUCAAGAAUCCUGUUUAUCAUCCCGAAACUUCUUUCAUCUUCUCCUAACAAACUGAUUUGGUGAGAAGCUUCAUCCUGGCCGGCAGUAUUCCAGUCAAGGGGGAAGAGGACUUCCUCACGCUGGCCGUGUCGCGGCUCAGCCAAAGGAAACGUGUCAUCGGAGCGGCUGUAGGUGUAGCCAUGGUUCUAAUCCUGUUGGUGGCCAUUCCUCUGCUGGUCCAUACAACCAAAGGGGGCACCGGAGGAGGUUCGGGGAGCCAUUACGAAAUGCUCGGAGACUGCAGGAUGGUGUGUGAUGCUUACCCCACAUUCCAGCCAGGCCAGGAGCUGACGGCCGUGUCUCCAGCACCCCAGGAUUACUCUGGAAAAAAGAUGAGGUCCGGGCUUCGGGGGCCUCCAGGCAUCCCCGGCCCACCAGGAGAACGUGGACCCCCUGGAGAGCCAGGCAAACCGGGGCCACAGGGACCCCCAGGUCCAGGCCCUGGUGGCUAUUCUCCCUCCGUCUACACCCCCAAAAUAGCUUUUUACGCAGGGCUACGAAAGCAGCACGAAGGCAACGAAGUGUUGAAAUUUGAUGACGUGGUGACCAAUGUAGGUAACUACUACGAACCGAGCACUGGAAAGUUCACCUGCCCGUUGCCUGGCAUCUAUUUCUUCACCUACCAUGUUCUCAUGAGAGGUGGGGACGGGACUAGCAUGUGGGCAGACCUGAGGAAGAAUGGACUGGUACGAGCAAGUGCUAUCGCUCAGGAUGCUGAUCAGAAUUACGAUUAUGCCUCCAACAGUGUGAUCCUGCAUUUGGACGUGGGGGAUGAGGUGUGUGUGCAGCUGGACGGAGGAAAGGUCCACGGAGGAAACAAGAACAAGUACAGCACCUUCUCUGGAUUCCUCAUCUACCCUGACUGAAAGGAAAAAAAUAAGAUGUUUGUAUGCAAACUACUGCUCCUUUUCAGAUGUGCAAUCAGCACACAACACACCGGCAUGCAAGCAACAAUACAAACUACAUCCAGACAUCAAUAGAGUGCAAAAAUAUCAACCCUUAUGUGCAAGUCCAAAUUUAAUAAUAUGUACACUGUAACAGCAAAUAAUGACUUGCCAAGGCUCUGAGUAUUCUUCAUGUCAUUUUUAUGGAAAUUGUUAGCCCAAAAGUAUCAGACGUGCCACAAACUUUAAUGUUUUUAUGCAAUCGUUAAAACUUCAUCAACUUGGAAGAUGGCAAUUUACUCUUCACGUCACCUGCUUAUAUUUUUAUCUUGAAACGGCCUGCUGCUCUUCUGCAAUUUAUUGCGCGACAUGUGACGGUUACAAUGCAAAAUCACACUGUGUUUGAUGGAUGACAUUUGUUUAAUGAUUGUUACUUGUGAAUGAGUGUAUAAACACUGUAAGAUACCGGAGGAAUAAAACUAUUACACAUUUGAAAUAUCUUUUUAGUUAGAGUUGCCUGAGAUAUAUUGUACAUUACUGACAUUUUACAACAAUCGACACUGCUAUGUGUACAGUGUGUUUAUUUUUGAGGCACCCCAAGAAAGUGUCAUGAUGUGAAAACUUUGAAAUGGGUCGUCUGGCAUACAAAAAAAAAUAUAUGGUUGAGUGGCAAUAUUAUAAUUAAAACAUCUACAGUAAACCAACCAUACUUGUGUAGUUUUCUGUUGUCGGUGAAGGUCAUGGCUGAACACAUGAGAAGUUUAAUUGAAAGAAACACACGCAGACCCGCGCUCUGUCUUAUUUGACCACUUGAAGUGACGGGUGCAUCGGAUAUAAGACACUGUGAGGUGAAUGCACCGCUCAGAUCGAAGAUGACUGCAGCCACCGCCUGAUACGACAUGGAUUUCCAAUAUUUCUUAGUGUCCCAGAACAAAAAAAAAGAAAAAAAAAUCAAUAUUAUGGCUAUGUAGAGCUCCAAUUUCAAAUAAAUUUGUGAAAUGUUUGCUAAAGCCAGACAUUGUGUUUCAGGAUUGAAAAAAAGAAAACAUAAAAUUGAGGGGGGGCAUUUUGGAAAGACUCAAAAACUUGAAUAAUGAAGGAGAUUUUUUUUAUUUCCAGCUAUGGGAAAAAAAGAAAAAAAAACACGUUUUCCAUAAAAGUGGAUGCUAAUUUAGGUGGUUUGAGGCACAUUUGGAUCAACGGGCACUAAGGGGUUAAAAACAGGUAAAUAAGUCAAAAUACAUUCAGAUUUUUUUUAUUGUCUUCACAAUUCUAUUUAAAAUGCAUUCUAUUGGCUAAUAAAUGAGUGCUUUUGCACUAAAGCACCAAGUUAAAGAGCUGAUUUCAUUCCAGAUGUAAAGGCUUGCUCCUGCGCAGAAAAAGAGCAGAGGAGCUGCACCGUAGUCGGGCCCAGCCCAAGGCUUUCUCUCCUGGCAGAUUCUAGUUGAAAGUUAAUUGGACGGGGAGAGGUCUGAGACGGGAUGCGUUGAGGCCCAUUAGUGAUUCCCCUGCCGAAUGCAGAGCCACGAGGAUCACAGACUCACAAAUAGCAGGAUUAAAAUAAUCAAUAGCCUUGACAUCUAUCGACCACACACAUAUACACACACCCAGUAAUUAGUGGACAACCUAUUCAGGAGUGGACUACAACACCUUCCUGAACCCUACCUCACACAUAAGCUCCACACUCCAAUAGCUGAGGUGCCUAAUGAGGGAAAAUAGUUGUGACUGGUUGAGAGGAAAACGAAGAAAAAGGUCAGGAAGCCGCUAAGCAGCCCUUUACAGCAUCUAUGUCAAUGCUUCCUUUAUUCUCAAGAAACCUAUAUUUGUGACCACACUAGUCUUUUAUGAGGGUUUUAAACAAAAUGUGAUGCAAAACUAAGAAAUUUAUAAAUAAAACUUAAUGUGACCCAAGAAAAAGAAUUAAAAAAUGACUCAUAUAAGCCUGCAAAGAAGAUUAUGCUCUUUAUUUUGACAGUAACAUGGUGGCUACAACAGUAAAUUCCAGCAGCAACACUGCCCUCUUGUGUCGACGGAUAUGAUAGCAGGGAACCAGCACACCAGCUUCUCUCAAUAUAUCAGCAAAAUUGUAAUAAAUUGUACCCAUGGAGACCGAUUCUUUUCAAUCUUUGUCACAAAAGUAUGGCUUUUGAUUUGAUUUUUGAUCAAAGACAUUGUUAUUGAGACAGCUGACAGCGUUUUCUAAACAAAUAUUAACGUCUUAUCCAAUGCUAACAUGGUGAUAGUUUGCAACUCAAUAUUGUUGUGGCCACAGCUCUUUUUCUGGGGAAUGUAAAGGCACUUCUUAAA